UUAAAGGGACGUCAGAGGAGAUAUUUGUUUACCCCCUCUUUUUCCAUGUGGCGUUUUCGUCAACACGUUGCACGAACAACUUUGUAGAACUUGGUAGUCAGAAGUUGGUAGUAAGUGAGACAUGCUCCGCGCAGCUCGGUCGUGCCCACAGUGCGGCUCGUCAAGUGUCGUUCAGGAUGAUCUCUACGCGGAGUCCCAACUCGUCUGUCAGGACUGUGGCUCUGUGGUGUCCGAAGGACUUCUCGUCACGGACACGGGCGCGGGAACAGAAGAUGUUCGAUAUAGUCACAGCACAGCUCAGUCAAAGGUGCCCUGCAGAAAUCUGAUAAAGGGACUGCAGCGUGUGCGAGCGUUGUGCCGCAUCCUACGGCUCAGCUACGAUGUGGAGGAACUGGCGGAGGUUUACUUCAGGCAGGCGUACACCCACGCCAGCUUCAUCCACGUCACGCUCGCCAAGAAGGAGGCGCUGGUGGGCUGCUGCGUGCUGGUGAGCUGCCGCCUGUGCAACUGGCCCCUCGCCCUGGGCACCAUCAGCGGCCUGGUGGAGACGGACCCCGCGCUGGUGGGAGGGGUCUUCAAGCAGCUGGAGAAGGUCCUGGACGUGGAGGUCCCCAAGAGCAGCAUCACCUACGUGCUGGAGGCCCACUCCCGGGAGUACAAACUGAGCAGCGCUCACGUCCCGGAGGAGCUGGCCGAGACCUCGGCGGACCUGGCCAAGCGCGCCGUGGCGCUGGUGGAGCUGGCCACGGACAGCUGGAUCGUCACGGGCCGCCACCCGGUCCCCAUCAUGAUGGCGGCCAUCUUCCUCAGCUGGCAGUCGCUGAGGCCCACCAAGACGCGCCUGCGCUACUCCCUGAACAAGUUCUGCCGGCUGUCGCACAUGCCCCUGAACAAGACGGCGGCACAGCGAGUGGGGGAGAUGAGGGAGGUGCUGUGCCGGCUGGGCCAGGAGAUCCCCUGGCUGAGCGGGGGGGCCCCGGACGACGUGGCUCUGCACGUGGAGGACAUCCUGCAGCACCGCCACGCCCUGCUGAGGGAGGCCCUGCGCACCCACGAGGCAAGCCAGAGGGCCGAGGAGGAGGAGAGCCAGGGGGCUGAAGAAGAGGAGGGGGAGAGCCGGGGGACUGAAGGGAGAGCCAGGGGACUGAAGGGGAGAGCCAGGGGACUGAAGGGGAGAGCCCGGGGGCCCAAGAGGACAGACGGGGGACCCAGGAGGAGACCCAGGGGAAUGGAAUCCAGCCCAGCACCGUAGACCCCCCACCACGAGCCCCCGGCCAUCAGCCCGACGGGACGGAUUCACCGCCGGAGCCGUGCACGCUGAAGGCCGUAAAUGGAGAUCCUGAGGAGGGCGGCGAAACGCAAGGUACCCAGGAGCAACGGCCGGCGGUCCACUGGGGCAAGAGGGCGAUGUUCGCCCCGCCCUGCGCCCGCCACGCCAAGGUCUGUAGGACGGAUGCUUCGCGGUGGGCCGAAGUGAACGGAGACGAGGAGAUUUCCGACAGCGAGAUCGACUCGUACAUACGCAGGCCUCAGGAAGUGAGGGACUACCUGCAGACGCAGCAACAGCUCCUCGCCGCCACCGAGGACCAAGAAUGUUCCGGAAAGAAGUGAAGGAUGUUCCUGGGCAUGUUCAGUGCACUUUAAUUUGAUUAUUUUUUGCCUACACUGAUGGAAAUACUGUAUAUUAAUAACUUUUCUUCAGUUUGAACAUUUGCUGGAUUUUGUUUGAAUUGUGCGCAAUUGCCACUAAAGUGAGUUUCUGUUUUUCUACAAUUACCUUAAAAUAAAUAACUUUUUUUCAUUGAUGGUACCACAAAGAUUUCCAUGUGUUUCCAAGGUUUGAGCAGUGUUUUGUGCUUUGGGCAGCAUGUUGAACCUAAUAUUGCUGUGACAUUAUAUUUUGUAGUCCAGGGGUGUUACAAACAGGUGAUCAGAGGGUGCUGGUAGCCAUGCUGUACUGUGAACAGUUUGACAACAUCCAUUAUACACUAGAAAGCAGCUCAGCGAAAGGGAAUAUGACCUUGUGGGUAGUGGUGCCGAGAUGAUGCCUCAUGAUGCCGAAACGUCAAAGCCUCGCAGCCAGAUGAACCACCGAAGUGGUUCGACCUCGAAGCUUUAAAUGAGUACGCUAGGGACACCUAGUGGUGAAUGAAAUUAUGAUGAAAGAACGCCCAGCCCAAAAUGUGAUGUUUGCUUCGUACAAAAUCAAAACAUUGGAAUUAAAGUCAUUUCAGUGAUACGUGUGAGGGUGCCGUUCAUAAAUAUCUCCCGAGCUCAAGGUAGAAAAAUAAAUCAUUUGACAAAGAAUUAAAGUAGGCAUCCCGGGCAAAAUAGGUCUUAUCAACUACAGUAGCCUAAUAAUUGUAAUAAUACAACUGCAUGAUGACAGUGAUUAAUUCAAUUGCCAUUAAAGUGAUCUUGGAACUGGGUUGUGUUAUUUUUGUAAAUGAUGUGGCAAUUGUGAACCC